GCGAUGGAUGGGGCUGCAAGAAAGGGGCGUGCUAUGUGUCAUCGUCUUACAGGACGGUAGCAGUGAAGAUGAGUGAUUGCUCAAAGACAUCUGUGCUAGCAGUGGAUAGAUCUCCAGGAGCUGGGAAGCCCUUAGUUCAUAUUCUGCCUCUGACAGUUAACUAGUCUUGGGACCUGGGGCAAGUCGCUUAAACCUCCCCUGGCCUCCAUUUUAUCAACCCCAAAAUGCACCUCACCCCUUCCCUAUCGUCAAGAGGUUUGCUAUGUACUCGGGACAUAGUAGGUGCUCAAUAAGGGCACGUCCCCCUCUCCCUUUACUUUUCCCCUUCCAGCUCUGAAUCCAAUGAGAGGCUAAAGUUUUUUCUUUCUCUGACGCUGGACGAAGCUCAGGAGCGCCGCUAGUCCACCCAAUCCGCGGAUUCACGUGACUAUUAGCAUCUGACCAUAGAGCCUGGCAUUCAGAAGGCGCUCAAUAAGUGUUCGCAGACUGUUUUAUUAUAGAGCAGCUGCGGCAGCUGAGAGAGUAGGGGAGGAUCGUAAACGUUAACGGCUGCGUGCGGCGUGGGGAGGGGCCAAGAUACAGGAAAAGACAAAUCAGACCCAGGGUCUACCAUCGGGGAGGGUGGGAGGUGGGGUAGCAAAAGCCAAGCUCCCAGAAGCCCGCCCGUGGACUCACGGCUUUUUCCAGGUCAGAGGUGUUUGCUUCAAAGAAAUUCAUGCUGAGUUUCUAAAUUGAUCCUGAACAUGAGUAAUUAUACAGAGGUUCAAGUGAAAAUACCAUUUGGAAAUAAGAACCUAGAUGCUGUUUGUUCUGUCCCUGACAAGAUAUUAACUGACCAGGUGUUAAUAUACGCAGUGAUUCUUACCCAUGGAGCCUCAGGAGAUAUGAAUUUUCCUCAGUUGAAGUCACUGGCAAAUCAUCUUGCGAGUCAUGGGAUCCUGUGCCUGAGGUUUACUUGCAAAGGCCUCAAUAUUACCCACAGAAUAAAGGCAUAUAAAGCAGUUUUGGAAUACCUGAAGACUUCAGAUAAAUACAGACUUGCAGGUAUUUUCCUUGGAGGUCGUUCUAUGGGUUCUAGAGCUGCUGCCUCUGUGAUGUGUCAGAUUGAACCAGAAGAUGUUGAUGACCUUAUCCGAGGUCUCAUUUGCUUUUCUUAUCCCCUGCACCGUCCAAAGCAGCAGCAGAAGCUCAGAAAUAGAAGUUUGCUGCUUAUAAAAGGCCCCGUGCUCUUUAUUUCUGGCUCCGCAGACGAGAUGUGUGAAAAGAAAUUGCUGGAGAAAGUAGCAAAGGCAAUGCAAGCCCCUACUAAGAUCCACUGGGUUAAAAAAGCCAGUCAUUCCAUGAUUGUGAAAGGACGAUCUGCAGAUGAUGUUUUGAAGGAAAUCAACUCACAUGUUCUUUCUUGGAUCCAAGAAGUCAUUGAACUGGAUAAGAAAUAAUUCAUUGAUUAAAAGCCAUGUGUCAUUGGGGAUUUGUAUAUUUGAUUUGAUAUGCAAAAGAGCAAAUCUCUCAGAAUUGUGAGGCACGUGUUAGACCUGUUUCUAAUAUGUCUUUAUUAAUGUGCUUUGAAUGCUAAUGUUACCUCGUUAAAGAAGGAGAUGUGAAAAUAUUCAGGUUAUAAUAGAUCAAAAUGGCUUUUGUCAAAUCUGCUUUUUCAAAAAUUAAAUAUAUAGUUUUUCCCACUUACGCUACUUUGUUACAUAAUUUGAUACUCAUCAAAUAUUUCUUUAGAAAUUUCUUUUAAAACAACCUAAACUAUGCAGUAUGUUUGGUACAUUGGUAUUUUACAGAGUGAAUGAAAUUAUAGUUUAGUCUGGUACUUUAUACUGGUAAAAUUAUAGGUUUGGACAGCUAAGUAAAACCAGUCAUGUAAGUAUGUAACUAAUAUUUUCUCUGAACAAGGAAGAAGCAGUUACUUUCAUAUCACUUUACGUAUACAAAAAAAAAACCAAACCCA